GCUGGGUCCGUAAAGAAGGUGAUGACGGAGAACGAUAGCGGCAUUGAGCUGCUCUGUGAUGAAGACCCCUUUGUUUAUAGUCGAUCGCCUUCUCCAACGCCUACUCGGCAAGAUAUCCAAUUCUGCUCGUUAGAUAAGAAUCAAAAACUCAGCGAAGAAGAACGCCGAGAAGCGUUUAGUUAUUUCCUCAGUAAGGAGCAGCAAUUUGCUCCCAACCGUGAGUACUUGAAGCAACUGCAGUGUUCCAUCAAGCUAUCAACUGCAAGGUUUAAAGCCGUGCGUUACAUUAUCUUGGUGUGUAACAAGCUAAGUUUGGCCGUUGGAACUGUGUUCAAUGCUGCCAACUAUGUCGAUCGCUUCCUCUCUAUGAAUUCUUCCACGAACUGGGAAGGUUGGAUGUUAGAACUGCUUAGCGUUGCAUGUGUUUCCAUUGCAGCAAAGUUUGACGAGGUGAACAUUCCGUCCUUGCACGAUCUCCAGACGGAGGAGAUGGAGCACAGAUUCCAGGCGAGCACAACACAAGACAUGGAGCUCAUGAUCCUCAAAGCAUUAGAUUGGCGACUCUCCUGCGUCACCCCCUUUUCCUACGUCGACCUCCUCCUCCCUCUGUCGCGGCAGCACACCGAAGAAACCACUUCCGCCGACUGCGUCACCCACCUCCUCCUCCUCUCUCUCUUAGGAACAAGCCUGCUUCAGUUCGGGGCAUUCGUCGUCUCUGCGUCGGCUUUUAGAUGCGCUCUCCAGGACGACGACGGUGCUUCCUUCUCCGAUCUCAGUGAUCUGAUUCCGUUAGAGCACAUGGUUAAGUUAGAGGAGUGCUAUGAGAUUAUGAAGCAGAUUUGGGAUAAGAAGAAGACGAAGAAGAAUAACGAUAGGAGCCCCGUCUCCGUUAUCCCCGUGGAGAAUGGUGAUCAUGCCCUAGGCUGUAAUCUGAGGAUAAACCGUUGCUUGUUUACCGAGCCAAUAUCAGAAGAUGACUUUAAUGAGCAUGAGCUCAAGGACCACAAGGACCCAUGAAGUAAAUGAAGAACAUAAUUGUUAUAUAAUGAGAUCCAUUAAUACAGGAGUGUGAAACUAUUUAUUAUUGUUUAUUUCUGUCACCAGGUAAACAUCAUCAAUAAGUUAUUGAUAACUAUUUAUAUUUGUCGGAAACCAUUGUAAGUCCUCUUCUCAACUCAUGAUAGUCAAUCAACGAAUGGCUUCUUUUUAAGUUUGCUGCUGCUUAA